AUGCCUCGGUCACGACCCGCGACAACAGGCUAUGAACGCCUCGCACAGGCCGACGACUUCAGCGACGACUCAGAAGAGGAUCCUCUCACCCAAUCAUACGCAUCUCUCCAGCCCGCAGCUGCACCCCGAUAUGGCCCUGCUUCGCAGCCGCGCCAUCGCUCCGGCAUGGCCAGUCCCAAAUCGUUGACCUCAUCUUCUCAACCCAAAUUCCGUCACCGUUCAGGAAGUAGCGCUGGUGUUGAUUUGAAAGCCAUCAAUGCUCGUCUAGAGCGCUGGGCCGACGAGAUUGCGUCGCGUUUCAAGCGCAAGGGCAAGAAUCAGCAUGGCGAAGAGGAGCGCCUUGAAAUUCACUAUUCUGUCUUUCAGCCUCCCGAGGGUGUUCGCCCGGUGACUGCUGAGAGUACCGCAGUGCCGCAUGAGGGUGUCAUGUCAAAGGCAGAGUUUGAGGUCAUUGUCGAAAGCGUAAGGAGCGCUAUCCGACAAGAAAUUCACCCUAGCAUGAUUUCGCAGGGCAGUUCUGGCAGUUACUUUGCCCGCAAUCCAGAUGGCAAGAUUGUGGGUGUUUUCAAACCCAAGGAUGAGGAGCCUUACGCAGCAGGAAAUCCUAAAUGGAACAAGUGGAUUCACAGAAACUUGUUCCCAUGCUGCUUUGGACGAGCUUGUCUUAUUCCUAACCUCUCGUAUGUAAGCGAGGCAGCUGCAUACGUCCUUGAUUGUCAACUGAGAACACACCUUGUUCCAUAUACCGAUGUCGUAUGGCUUGCCUCCAAGUCUUUCCACUACCCUUUCUGGGAUCGCCGCAAAUUCCAACGCAAGAAGACCCCCCUUCCUGCGAAGCCGGGCAGUUUCCAGGUCUUCCUGAAAGGAUUUAAGGAUGCCAAUGUUUUCCUUCGUGAGCAUCCUUGGCCAGAUCAGUACUGGUCAGGAUUCCGAACAAACGACAACCAAAACAAAAAGAAGAAGAGAUGGACCGAAAGCUGUCGCCCUUCAGGAAACGCCUCCCCGAAUGACGGAUACAAUAGCGACGACGAAGAAGCUGCUCAAGCCGCGAAUCUCUUGGGUCCUGAUAAUUUCAUUUGGACCGAGAAUCUCAAGGAGUCGUUGCGCGAGGAGCUCGAGAAACUAGUCAUUCUCGACUACAUAAUGCGAAACACAGAUCGAGGCUUGGACAAUUGGAUGAUUAAAGUGGACUGGGAGACAGGCAAAGCCUCAAUAGCGUCAGACCCAAUUCAACUGAAUAUGGAACCAGUUGCGGAGGAGGAGGGCCCUCGACCUGUCGACUUGUCUCAGCAAGGACCUCGUGCUACAAGAGCAUCGUACCCAUACAAGCAACAGAGACCGAUGAGUGCUUCUAGUCGGAAACAUGUCGGAAACGAGCCGGUUAUCACAGUUGGAGCCAUUGAUAACUCAUUAUCAUGGCCCUGGAAGCACCCAGAUGCUUGGAGAAGUUUCCCUUUUGGUUGGCUGUUCCUGCCCGUUGAUCUCAUCGGUCGUCCAUUCUCUCAAAAGACGAGAGACCACUUUCUCCCUCUGCUGACAUCGACCUCGUGGUGGACGCAAACAGUUCUCUCGCUGAAGAGAGUGUUCCAAAUGGAUGUCGAUUUCCAAGAGCGCAUGUUUGCGAAGCAGGUGGCAGUCAUGAAGGGACAGGCCUGGAAUGUCGUUGAGACGCUCAAGACUCCGGACCAUGGCCCUCUUGAACUCACUCGCAGAGCACGAGUUUGUGUUUGGGACGAUCUGGUCGAUGUGCCUGUUGCGGUUCCUAUGCGUAAUACGUCUUCAGAAGCCCGCCGCAAUCCCCACGUUCGUCAAUCGAUGGAUGAAGCCGACAUUGCAAGCUCGGCCCCUGCUAAUAACCCUCCAAUCGAAGACCUUCUUGGCCUCGCCAGUGCGCCCGCAGAUAUGCCCCAUCCGGGUCGGUUCGAGCUCUCAUCCCCCACCGGAGAAACGGCUCUAUCGCCAGGCGAGCAAAUGUCAAGUGAACCCAACUACUUGGCACCAACAGAGCAGCAGCACAGUGGAGAUGUGACUGAACGUCCGGCCGUCCGGCCAACUGGAGUUAGGAACAGUUACCAAGGACCAGUUCGCGCACUGAACAUGUACGAGCCCGCACGCCAACAAGCAUCGCGGCGGCAGCGAAGAUAUUCAUUCGCCAAUGCCGCUGCUCGUCGCAACAGCAACUCCGUUGCACAGCAGUACUAUGGUGACCAUGAAAACUACACGGAUGAUCUGGAAGGUGAUCUAGGAUAUGCUGCAGCAGAGGGACAAAUGGGAAAUCAACGAAAGGUCAUUGUGGAGCGGCUCGAGGCCGUCAAAAGUAGGAACCCCGUCUUUGAAUGCUGGUGA